UUGCCAUUUGUCCGUGAGGGAAGGUGAGAAAUUCAGUUCCAAUCGACCUGUCGUUUAUCAUUAUUAUCGCAACAGAAGAAGCGGUAUUUUCCCGAGAAAGCAGCUUUCAAGUCUUUACUACUUCGUGUAACACCACCUGUAAGAAUCAAAAUGAAACCUACUCUGCUCCCCUUAUGCUUUAGUUUACUCACCUUUCAUGCAUUAAUUCAUAAUUAAUGAAAACGCUUUGUUGUAACAACGUGGAUGGAAAAAGAUGCUGAAAUGGAUUCCUUUCUCUCUCCCUCUCUCUGUCGUUCCAUUGAAUGAGAUGAAGCUCCGACUGUAGUUGCAUUAUACCAUUGGCAUUUGGUUCUCCCAAUUUUUGAUUGAUAGUGGCAGAGAGUGAGGAUGGACGGGGCAGAUGAGAGUGGCAGGCGGCCAGGACUGAGGCUAUUGUGGGUUUCUGGCUUGAUGGGGUUUCUUCUCUGCAACUGGGUUGAUGGGUUUGAGGAUUUGAAUGUGACUGAACAUCAGUUUAUGGACGGCUAUGGCUUUUCCACCCCUCCAUUGAUGGUGGGUCUUACUCUUAUUGCCGGAGCUGCUUCCACUGGAGCAGUAUGCCUGGAUGGAACAUUACCUGGUUACCACCUCCACCGUGGAUAUGGGUCAGGGGCAAAUAGUUGGCUCAUUCAUUUGGAGGGUGGAGGAUGGUGCAAUACAAUUAGAACUUGUGUUUUCCGGAAAAAAACUCCUCAUGGUUCAUCAACACAUAUGGAAAAUCUGAUACCAUUUACAGGAAUAUUGAGUAACAGAGCUGAAGAAAAUCCCGAUUUUUAUAACUGGAAUAGAGUCAAGCUUCGAUACUGCGAUGGUGCUUCUUUCAGUGGAGACAGUCAAAAUGAGGCCAAGAAAUUGUAUUUCCGGGGACAACGCAUCUGGUUAGCUGCUAUGAAAGAUCUGAUGUCAAAGGGAAUGCACUAUGCUAAUCAGGCUCUUCUUUCUGGAUGCUCAGCUGGGGGCUUAGCUGCUAUACUGCACUGUGAUGAGUUCAGGGAAUUAUUUCCAAGAACUACUAGAGUCAAGUGUCUCAGUGAUGCAGGGUUAUUUCUUGAUGUGAUUGAUGUAUCUGGUGGGCGUACUUUAAGGCAUAUGUUUGGAGGCGUGGUCAGAUUACAGCAAGUGGGGAAAAUGCUGCCACAGGCUUGUACCAGCCGCCUCAAUCCAACCUUGUGCUUUUUCCCUCAGCACUUAAUUCCCCUGACUAAGACCCCACUUUUUCUUCUCAAUGCAGCUUAUGAUUCAUGGCAGAUCCUGGCCAGUUUAGCUCCGGACUCAGCUGAUCCCCAUGGCUACUGGCAGAAGUGCAGAUUAAAUUAUGCAUAUUGCUCUUCAUCACAAAUUCAAUUUCUCCAAGAUUUCAGGAAACAAAUGCUAAAUGCUGUAGGUGGCUUCUCAGGGUCCAAAAGAAAUGGGCUAUUCAUAAACUCAUGUUUUGCUCAUUGUCAGACAGAGAGACAGGACACUUGGUUUGCUCAUAAUUCUCCUCGUAUCGGAAACAAGGGCAUCGCCCAAUCUGUGGGGGACUGGUAUUUUGAUCGAGCUGAAGUCAAGGGUAUUGAUUGUCCUUAUCCUUGUGACAAGACCUGCCACAACCUGGUCUUCCGCCAAAGUUUUUAGGAAAAUGAAGCAAAUCAGCCCCUGUUGCUACUCCCAUUUUUAGGUUUCUUCUGAGAUGUCAAGCUUCAUCCAAGUAACCAACAAACUAGUUGGAGUAACAUGUAACAUGUUAUUUGAUCUUUUAUCAGAUUGACAACAUUUGUGCUUCCAUUUGACAAGCAAUUGGAGGAAUCUAGUGAAGGAAUUUUAUAAGAUUUUAUACCU